AAAUUAAUAUAAUUUUAUCCUAACAAACACAUGAUUAGUAAGCGUCACCAGGCUUAUCUCGAGAAUUAGCAUGAAACCGCACGUAAUCCCCCAAUUGAAAUGUCGCCGCGUCAGGAAAAUCGCCACCUCACAACCACCGGUUAUCGUCCUUUUUUUAUCGAAAAUAGAUCACAAAUCCUUUCCUUAGACUCUUCCAGCUACUCUGCAACCCAAAAAGGCAAAACAGAAAUUCAGGGUUAUGUGGAAAACCCUCUUUGCGACCUUUGAUCGAACAGUUGGCAUGCAAAUUUGCCAAACAAACCAAUCUUCUCAGCUGAAAUAGCGAAGAUUCGCUCUAGAAGCGCUGCCAGCACGAAAGGGGGCAUUCCGUUCCGUUCAUUUUCCCCCUUCGCCUAUAUAUAUCUACAUCGCAAAUGUCUCGCUUGAAUCUGUUCCAUAAACAUUCACGGUGCUUUAUCUGCUUGAUCUUAUUGUUGUUUUAUCUAUCUUCUCUUGUUUCUCAACGUGGAAGUGUAAGAAUGGCUAAGAACGAUUCUGGUAAUUGGGAAAAAAGCCCGUUCAUUAUUUGCUUCGGCGAGAUGCUCAUCGACUUCGUCCCGAAUGUCUCCGGUGUUUCUCUUGCGGAGGCUACGGCAUUCAAGAAGGCCGCCGGCGGCGCCCCGGCGAAUGUCGCCGUCGGCAUUGCCAGGCUUGGCGGUUCCUCUGCUUUCAUCGGAAAGGUUGGGGACGACGAAUUCGGGCAUAUGCUUUCCAACAUUUUGAAGAUCAACAAUGUGGAUAACUCCGGUAUCCGCUUCGACACUGGCGCUAGAACUGCACUAGCCUUUGUGACUCUUAGAGCCGACGGCGAACGGGAGUUCAUGUUCUAUCGAAAUCCAAGCGCCGAUAUGCUCCUGAAAGAAUCCGAUCUUGAUCUUCAUCUCAUCAAGAAGGGUUCCAUAUUUCACUAUGGCUCCAUUAGCUUGAUCAAGGAGCCGUGCAGAUCAACUCAUCUUGCUGCUCUUAAGUUUGCCAAGAAGGAAGGUCUCCUGCUUUCCUAUGAUCCUAAUCUGCGACUUCCACUUUGGCCUUCAGCAGAUGCUGCUCGUGAGGGCAUUAAAAGCAUAUGGGAAUACGCAGAUGUCAUCAAGGUGAGUGAGCAGGAAAUCUCAUUUUUGACUGGAGGUGAAGACCCUUAUAGUGAUGAGGUUGUGUAUAAUAAUCUUUUUCACGACAAUCUCAAACUCCUUGUUGUAACCGAUGGAGAAAAGGGUUGCAGAUACUACACCAAGAAAUUCCAUGGGAGAGUUGGUGGGUUUAGAGUUAAAGCUGUGGAUACUACUGGUGCUGGUGAUUCUUUUGUCAGCGGGCUGUUAGUUCAUUUGGCGUCCAAUCUAGAUAUUUAUCAGGAUGAGAAGAAACUAAAGGAAGCCUUGGUCUUCGCCAAUGCAUGCGGAGCAAUCACAGUCACUGAGAGGGGAGCAAUUCCCUCACUUCCCACCAAAGAAGCAGUUCUUGAUUUCAUCCCAAAAGGGAACGAACAACCUCACAGCUUGUGUCUUAUUUCUUGAAACACAAGCCCAAGUAUUAUAAUACUAGUUCAUCUUAUAAACUCAUUGAUAUUGUUUUUUAUUAGAUAUUGGUCCUAGAUUCAGGAUGUUUCUUAUAUGACUUAUAUAGUUGUUAGUGUAGCUUUUGGUGUUGCUAUUGUAAGUCUAUAAAAUAGAGGCUUUAUGUUGUAAUAGAGUAUGAUCAAGCAAUAAAGAUUUGAGUUCAGCUCUC